UGUUCUUAUUAUACCUCCUAGCAUCGGCAGCAUAAGUUUGCACCGCAAUUGCAGUGUUUGAUUCAAAUUAUCUUUCUUUGAUAGUAAAGUAUUUUUUUUGUUUUAUUUGUGUGAAACAAGUUCGCCGUAGUUUUUGAAAUCAGUGAAGCAAAAGUUUCCAAAGGGUAUUUCUGUGUAAAAAAAACAGUCUACUGAAUUUCACACCCAGAAAUUUCCAGACUGUACAAAUAUUCAGAAGAAAAAAAACUUGAUCGCAAUGACAAACAUCGCCCAGCAGCACGACGUUGUGAAGAACAGCUUUUUCCACUUCAUCAACACCCACAUCCCGGGGGCAGAUCUGUCCAUUGUGGAUGAUAUUGUUCUGUCGUAUGUUAUCUCCAUCCUGGAGGAGGCCUCCCAGGAUCCAUGCUUCGAUGUUGAAGGCUUCAUCGAGAUGAUGUCGGCGUACUUCGACGACUUUGCCAACAUCGAGCCAGCCACCGUCUGCUCGUGGAUAUUCCAGCUCGAGAGUCAGCUGUCGACCAAGCACAAAGAAACCGGUGGUGGCGGUUCUGGAGAUGGCCCAAACCUAUCACUGAACUCGCUUAGCCUCGCCGACAUUCUGCCCGAGGAGAAGCUACGCGGGCGUCAAUCUUCGCUCUCGGAGAGCGACCAUGCCGCGAACGGAGGCGGCGGUGGAAACGCGCCCAAGCGCGUCCAGCAUCUGUCCGAAACGAGCGAUGCCGGUUCGACCGAUAGCUCCAAUUGUGAUCUGUUCGCCGAGGAGUGCGAGGUUCUACAGGAAAUGUUCCCGGAAAGCUCGCUCAUUGAGGUUAAACAUUGUAUUCUGAUUGCCAACGGAGACAUUGAUCGCGCGACCCAGAUUUUGCUUCAUCGCCAAGAAGCUGGUCAAAGCCUGAAGGGGAAUCCGAGCAAUGUGCAGCCCAACAAGGCGCUUCCGCAAAUCGACGAGACUGAGCUUAAGAAUAGGAUCAUUUCAAGAUAUUCAUACGUCGACAAGGAGGAUCAUCGUGAGUACAAGCCGGUGGCUCCAAAAGUCGAGCCGAAAAAGUUGAUUCGCUACCGAGAUAAUAAAAUUGUUUCGCUCAAGGGAGAACGUUACACAGAAGUUUCGCGUCGCGGUGGCGAUGAAGAGACCGAGCUUAAAAAGCCAAAGAAACCGAUUUGUCCGUAACUAAAAUGGACCCUGCUGCUGAUGCUGUUCACAGCCACUACAAUAGCUACAGUUAUACAAAGUUGUACCCGUGAAGAGCUACAACGCCAACCCAAAAUUGUAUUGUUCGUCGUCUACGUAGUCAUCGUUCCACUCUACAUCGUGAUCCCCUCAGUUAGAAUCUACAAUAGCCGAAAACGCCAGCAGCAAAAUCAACAACAAUGCGAAUGUUUUGAAGGAGAUCGCCCGAUCGCGACUUGCAUCGUCUGCAGCCUCGAAUCCUCAAAUCUCGCUCCUACUACGAUCCUCCGCCGGAAUGUGUUUAUCUCGCUUGGCCACUGGAGCUUAACCGAACCCAUUCCCGCUAACCAUACGAAUUUCUUUAUAAGACUUGACAUAGUUAACGUCCUUUUGAUAUUAAUCGCUUUGCUAUCCAACCCUACUGAACAAGAGACUGGAAGAGGAAUAGUAAUCUCAUUUUAUAGUUUUGAUACAGGUUUAGUUUUAGAUAACACUAAGCAUUUAAAUAAGUUAUGCGUUUUAUUUAUUUUACAAAUAUUUUUGUACUUAUUAUUUUCCAUUAUUCCUAGUUUAGUUUUUGUUAGCUGUAAGCACGUUUUACCGCGACGUAUUAUCAAUCUCAUUUAUUCACAAAUACACAACUAUCAGUUUAA